AUGGGGGCCACCGAACUGAAGGUGGCUUUUGCCACUAACAGGUUGGGUCCUGAGCAGUGCGGAAUUACGGUGAAACAGAGUCACGCUUCCCGCUUGCACGGCCGGGUCUGCGGCUUGAGACUCGCGCCGUUCCAGGGCCCAGGGCUCCCCGCUGCCCAGCGUGACCACGGGAUUUCUAGCCUGGAAAUGUUUGCGGGAUGGGGGCUGCCCAACACCUACAUGGACCAUAAAGAAAUUUCCAACAGGAAGCCAUGGAAGACUCAGCUGCAGCGCCAUGAGUGCCUGGGGCCUCCUGUAAAGGGAGGCGGGGGUGAGACCAGAGGCGGCGACUCAGGUAAAGCCCAGCGACGCCCAGCGCACAAGGCGAGCAUGCGAACCGAGAGGCCCUGGCAAGGCGAGAGCGAGGUGGGGACGUCACCACCACCCAAGGGGCCCUCCCCCCAGGAAGGCUGGUGUGGGGGAGCCAGCGACCCCCGGGACUCAGGGGUCACAGGAGCUGAGUGCUUCCCGGCCUGCCACCCCGAAAACGGGCUCUGCGAGGGUAACAAUGUUUGCAGGUGCCAGCCUGGCUGGCAGGGUCCCCUGUGUGACGAAUGCAUGACCUUUCCCGGCUGUAUUAACGGACUCUGCGUGGAACCCUGGCAGUGCAUUUGUGAAGAAGGCUGGAACGGGAACCUCUGUGAAAUAGAUGUCCGGGCUUGCUCCUCCGGCCCUUGUGCCAACAAUGGAACCUGCGUGAACAUCGACAGUAGCCGUUAUGAGUGCACCUGCGCCCCCGGGUUCUCGGGCAUGACCUGCCGGGAGAAGGCCGGGCCCUGUGCGGUCAACGGGUCCCCCUGCCAGCACGGAGGCACCUGCGUGGACGAUGAGGGCUGGGCCUCCUAUGCCUCCUGCCUGUGCCCCCCUGGCUUCUCAGGCAACUUCUGCGAGACCAUGACCAACAGCUGCAUCCCCAACCCGUGCGAGAACCAGGGCGUCUGCACCGAAAUUGGGGGCGACUUCCGCUGCCGCUGCCCCGCCGGCUUCAUGGACAAGACCUGCAGCCGUCCCGUGGGCAACUGCGCCGCCUUCCCGUGUCUCAACGGGGGCACCUGCCUGCAGCACGGCCAGGUGAGGCACGGGUGUCUGUGCAAACCCGAGUUCACGGGCCCUACCUGCGGCCGGAAGCGCGCGCUGGGCCCCCUGCAUGUCACCCGUCUGCCCAGCGGGUACGGGCUGACCCACCGCCUCGCCCCCGGGGUGCACGCGCUGCCGGUCUCGCAGCCGGAGCACGGCGUCCUGAAGGUAUCUAUGAAGAAACUCAACAAGAGCGCUCCCCUCCUUUCCGGGGGCCAGGCCAUCUGCUUCGCGGUCCUGGGUGUGCUGACCAGUCUGGUGGUGCUGGGCACGGUGGGCAUCCUCUUCCUCAACAAGUGCGAGACCUGGGUGUCCAACCUGCGCUACAACCGCACGCUGUGCAAGAAGAGGAAACUUCUCCUGCGUUACAACAGCGGCGAGGACCUGGCCGUCAACAUCACCCUCCCGGAGAAGAUCGGCAUGGCCACCUUCAGCAAGGAGGCGGGCGAAGAAGACAUCUAAGCAGCGUCCCCACCGGCCCCCCUGUGCUCUCGGGCCCCCGCACAGCUCACUAUCUGCGGUCUGUCCUCCUCUUUGUGGUGGAGUUUGCUGUACUCUGUGUCGAAUCUGGUGAACGCUACGCUUCCAUAUAUUACCUUUGUGUUGCCGUGUGACAAAUCGACCCUCUUUCUCUCUCUUAAUGCAUGAUCGAAAAUAAUAACACGAGUUUCAUCUUUAAACGA